AAGAAAAAAGAGGAUAAACUCUCACCAUCGUGUUAAUGAGAUGAGUAGAACUGAUCAUUCAAAUUCAUCAAGAAUUCAGAGAAAGAGGCUGACAUUGGUGCCGGAGCUCACCAAGAAGUCAGAGACCAGAGCGUCUAACAUUGGUCGAAGUCAAAACGGAAAAUGAUGCAGGACCAUAUAACUAGCCGGAAUAAUGUCUCUGUUUGACUCGGUCAAUUAAUUUUUAAGUACAUGUUUGGACUUUGGAGGGUUCCUGGUCAAGCCGGGUUCAUUAUCAAACUCAUUUGCCUCUUAGCCUGCCCAGGAAGAAGAAUUUCUCUGUCUACCUGAACCUCCGAUAAUGGAUGAUACAUAGCUCUGAAACCUCUAGCCGUGAUCAUGGCUGCCUCGAGACGUUUACUGUCUUCUAUUAGAAAUGUUUCUUCGUCUUCUUCUAAUUCUUAUCUUUCUGACCUUCUUUCAUCUUACACUCCAACGCAUUUUCUCUCUAUUACCCAUAUCACUAAGCCUUAUACUUCAACUGUUUCCCUUGAUGAAUUUCCUGAAACUGGAGUUAGAAAAUCUGUUCCUGGUUCUCAUCCAUGGCCAGAAUGGUCCAAUUUCGUUGAUAAGUUGAAGAAUAAUGGCUACUUUUUCAAUGAAGAUCCUUUAACUGGUUUGGCUGACUUGAGCUAGCUCAGGUAUGCUUGUCUCAGUUUUGCAAGAGAUCGGUUGGAUGCUAUCAAGUCAUUAUGUAGAGAAGAUACUGAAAAAGUUGUUAAGUACGGAUGCCCUAGUUUGGAUCGAAAAGUUGUUAACGCUGCAAAAAGAUUGAGGGCCUUCCAGGACUUGAUGAAGAAGAUGCAAGUGUUUUGUUUACACCUGCUGCUACAAGGAGAAGUGUGCGGUGGUUGUAAUCUGCAUGGCUUGUGUGAUAGAGCAAAUAUGAAAGUAGAGGACUCUGAGGCAUCUGCUCAUACUGCUGAUGUUAUGCGUAUGCUGUUGAUGUGUGCCCUUGAUCCAAUUGUUCAUUCGUCAGAGAAACCUAACGUCCGGGAGUAUGUUGAAGCAUCUGCUCGGAGACUGCUCUCUGAGCUGAGUGAAGCACCACCAGAUCCUUCCUUACCAAAUUCGGAUGUUAAACCUAAAAGAAAAUCGGUGAACUUGAAUAAGUCUCAGUAUUAUCAAAGUAUUGAGAUGAAGAAAGGGGAUUGGAUGUGUUCCAAAUGCAAUUUAAUGAACUUUGCCAGAAACAUAUUGUGUCUUAAGUGCAAAGAAGAUGGUCCUAAGCUAGUUAGUCAUAAUAGCGCUGAGAUGAAGAAAGGAGACUGGACAUGUCCAAAGUAUUUUUGGCCAAUAAACAUUUUUGAAAAAAUUUGCGGGAAAAGUUUUCGGAAAGCACCCGGAGGACACUUGCUAUUCGGACCCCCGGUUUGGAUAAGGGGCACCCCCAUGACACACCUUAAGGCAGCUGCUAAAGGCACCCCUACUCUGGAUAGGGUGCGUCCCUCUUUCUUCACAAAUUCAAAUUUCAAAUCUGGCGGUAAAACAAACCAGCAUGCAUGCAGAUUAGGGUUCGCAUUCUUGGGAAGAUUUAAGGAGAUUCAAUCUCGGAUUUUUGUUGGGCUGGACUUCCUAGAGCAUAACAGGGUCGGUAUAUGUGAUUAGAUCGAAUGAAUUGGGUUAGAUCGACCGGGAGAAGGAAACAGAGGUGUUGUGGUCACGGGUUGUUGUUGGAGUAUUUUUCGACAAUUCAGGGAGAUUAAAGGCUAGAAAAGCUUCCCCAACAUUCGUAGUUAUCUAAUAAAGAGUUUGGAAGUAU